AUGGCUCUUAAUCUUCACCCUCUCCUCCUCACAAUCCUAGUACUACCGGUGGUCUUCCCUUUCUCAGAAGCCUACAGACCAGUCGAAGUAGGCAGGAACCCGAUUAAUGUAAACGACCCUCAUGUAAUAGAGAUUGCAAAAUUUGCAAUAAGUUGGCGCAAUGCUGUAUCCUCUACCCGUUUCCAGUUUCGAAAAGUGAUCAAAGGAGAGCGACAAGUUGCUCCAGGAGUUACGGGCGUUAACUACAAUCUUGUUAUCUUGGCGAAGGCAGCAGAUGCUCCCCUUUACUGUGAGGUUGCUGUUUUUGACAGAGAAUGGGAGAAUCUUAGGAUACUCACUUCCUUCAGAGAAAUCCCUGCUGGUGAUGCAUUGGCGCCCGCAUUGGCACCGGGAAGUUGGUGA